UCUUGAAAGCUUCCAUAUGUGCUAUGUUUUUUUAGCUAAAAGCAGAAAUAUAUCUAAUAUUUGUGUACUGUAGUUAAAUCAUUUGUUUCUUUUAAUUGCUUUGAGAAAGAAUGUUGAAAUGUAAAGUUUUCAUUCUUCAAUUGUAGCCCUCUAAUAUUUACAAAACCAAUAAACUAGAAAGAUGAGCAUAUUUCAAAGAAAAUAUUUUCUACCAAAGCUUUGAUGUUUUCAACAUUCAGAGAAUUAGUAGUUAGGAAAACAAAUAUAAAAAUACUGUAACACUUUUGCAUUCUAAAUAUAGCUCUGCACUUUAAUCCAGGAAAACCAAGUCAUUUAAAUACAAUAGAACUGUGACAUCUUGAUGACUAAAGCAAUACUUUUCAGUUUUCUUCUUUACUUGUGUUAUGAACUUUCAGGUUGAUGUUAUUAUUAACACUGUUUUUGAGGGUAUCAGGAAGCGUGUUGAUAGAAAUGAUCCAACAGAGAAUAUAUGUUUUGAUUUCAAAAAACCUUUCAUGGAAUCCUUUACCAAAGGCUCCUGAGUAACCAUAACAGCCGUGAAAGUAUUAAGAGUAUUCAACCUUGCAAGAAUUGGUUAUUGGUUAAAAGAUGAGGAAGCAAAGAGUAGAAUAGAUAAUUUUUAUGUUGAAAUGUGCAAACCAGUCUCAGGGAUAGUUCAGUGGUCUGGCUGCUGUACUAUAUCAAUUUUUCUGUUAGUACUACAAUAUUUAAAACUUUUUUUCGUAAAGGCAGAGAGAGAAAGUUAUGACAGAGGUAUAUAAAAACAUGUAUGAUUGAAAAUGUGGGCAGAGAAGUUUUCUCAGUGUUAGAACUUUGAGUCAUUUGUUGAAAAACAAAGAUUAUGAACAAAAUAUGUAAUCAUAUAAUGCACAGUUAGGCUAUGAAACUUACUGUCAUCAGAUAUGUGAUGGGCACAAAUUAUGUUGUUUUAAAAGGGAAUUACACAGAUGAAGGGGUUGAUCUAUUCAUAUCUAUAACUCUUAAUGGUUGCAUACUACCCCCAGAGAUCUAGGUGGCAGAACUUAAAUAGAAGCUCUUGGGGAGAAACAGGGAUUCAGGGCUAUUGCCCUGCUGUCCAUGAUUAUGCAUUUGAAUGCAUUUUUGGCUGUUCUGUUAUACAAAAUGUUGGCUAGAUGGGUCCUGUCCUGGUCUAAUAGGUUUCUUAUGUUUUUAGCUUUGUUCUUAUGUAGUUCUUUGUUUUGACAGCUAGGCACAGCAAUUGGCUUUUUACUGCCUCCAGUUUUAGUUCCAAACACAUAUAAUGACCUGGAUCUCAUGGGACAUAAUAUCCGCAUAAUGUUCUAUGGCACAGCAGCAGUAUCUACACUCCUCUUUUUAUUAACAGCAAUUGUGUUUAAGGAAAGACCUAAAUAUCCUCCAAGUCAGUCUCAGGUUGUUCUCCUGGAUCCAUCUCCAAAAGAUCACUCCUAUAUACAAUCAAUACUCAAUCUGUUCAGAAAUGUUCCUUUUAUUCUUUUGCUGAUAAGCUAUGGAAUUAUGACUGGAGCCUUUUAUUCAGUGUCAACUCUACUAAACCAAAUGAUACUAGCUCAUUAUGAGGGAGAAGAAAUAAAUGCAGGUAGGAUUGGCCUCACACUUGUGGUAGCUGGAAUGGUGGGCUCUAUUAUUUGUGGCUUGUGGCUGGAUCAUACCAAGACAUACAAACAGACUACAUUAGUUGUGUACAUCCUCUCUUUUGUUGGGAUGGUCGUAUUUACAUUCACCUUGGACUGUGGACGCCUUAUAGUUGUAUUUGUGACCGGUGGAGUACUUGGUUUCUUUAUGACAGGUUACCUGCCCCUUGGUUUUGAAUUUGCUGUGGAAAUUACAUACCCAGAGUCAGAAGGCACCUCAUCAGGGCUUCUAAAUGCUUCAGCACAGAUAUUUGGGAUUAUCUUUACAUUGAUCCAAGGGAAGCUUGCAACAGAUUACAGUCCUCGUGCUGGAAAUAUUUUCCUCUUUGUGUGGAUGUUUAUAGGUAUCAUUUUAACAGCUUUAAUUAAAUCUGAUUUGCGAAGGCACAUUGUAAAUUCAGGGAUUGUAACUGUGGACAUUAAAUCUAUACCCAUUGACAGUCCUACUGAAGAUGAACAAAAUACAGCCGCAUCAAAAAGCCAGUCAGAAUCAAAAAUUUAAAAUGGAAAAACACUAGACUCACAAUUGGCAGCUUUGUCAAAUAGAAGCAACCUAAUGGAGAAUCACAAGAACUGUAAGCCUAAAAAUUGGGCUGCAUGGUAGCAGUGAUAAUUGUAUAACUACUCCUGGAUGAAGUAAGGAUUUGUGUACGCUUAAUGAACACAACAUUUUAACUUUGAAAUGGUAAUUUUCAACAUUUGUUUCAAGUUUCAGUGAUAAGAUUCCCAGGAAUCUUCCAUUUCUUAUUUGGAAGCUGUGCACUUUCAUAAAAUAUACUAUGCUGUAAGUGAUAAAUUAGAACCUAUUUUAUCAAAAUCUGUCAAAAUGAGUGCCAGUAACUAAUCGACCCUUGGAAUUCUUGUAUAGAAUGUGUACACUGAACAGUUUGAUGUAAAUUAAAUAUGUGUUUUGUGUUUUUAUUGUAAAUAUAUUUGAAAUGUUCAAAACUGCCCUUCCUAUAGGAGGGCAUUGUCUUUAGCACAAUAGGCAGUAUGAGAAAUUCAUUUUUUGAAUGUGUUAUACUGUUAAUCCUAUUUGCCAUUUUUUUUUGGCUUUGGUAGAAUUGUGGUUUAUGAAAUCUCUUCAUGUUGAAAUACAUAUGAGAGAGUGGUAUAACUCCCUGGUUUCCAAGAAGUACUUUACGUGCUAAGCUCUUGAAGGUAAAGGCCUUCUGAACUUUUGAUUGCAAAACUAGAUAUUCAUGGAUCCUGGAUUUUUUUCAUUACAUUCUGAAAAUGAACAUACAUCUUUUUGUAUUAUGUAAAUCACAAGAAAGCACUGCCAGAUCAUACAAAGGCAUAUGCAUGCCAUUGUAUUCCUUGCAUCAGUUUGUGUGUUUGUGAAAAGUGAAUGUACAAAAGGAUUUCUGGCAAAUAAAAUAAGGCAGAGCUCACAGGAAUGUGUGUAGCUACGUUUAAAAUAAGUCUACCAUUUUUUAUUUUU